AUGACCUCAUUCGAUCUUGUCGACGCUCAAUACGAUAUGCUUUGCGAAUCAAUUGAGGGACCAAGCCGUCUGACCUUCGAACUCAGUCAUUCGGCACAGUACUAUGCUCAACUCGUUCAUAGAGAACACUCGAAGAUGGAGAAAGAGAAGCUGAAGAAGAAUUUCACAAAGACGCUGAAACAACUCGCCGACGGUUCGUGGUCCGAUUAUUUGUGCAAGAGUUUGCUGAAUGAAUUUGUCGAGUUGGAGCAAGAAAUUGAUGAUUUGAUGCCGUCGCAAAAGCUGGUCCGUCGACGACAAUUAAUCAUCGAUCUCGUAACCGGAAAAAACAAAUCCGGAUCGGAUUCUGGAAUUGAUUCGGGUACGAGUUCCGACGAUGAGAAGAUUGACGUCGAAAUUCAACAAUCUCGAAAUGAUCUCGACGAUUCUGAUGACAUCGAUGGCUCUGACGAUUUAUCUGAGUCUGGCGAAUACGAUGAAUCUGACAUGUCUGAGGAAUCCGAUAUAUCUGAUAUAAAGAAAGCAACUUCCGAUUUUAUCAACGCUCAAUACGACUACAUUCGCGAAUCAAUUGAUGGACCAAAUCGGUUAGCCUUCGAACUUUGUCAUUCGGCACAGUACUAUGCGCAAUUCGUUCACAAAGAGCAAUCAAAGAUGGGCAAAGAGAAACUGAAGAAGCAUUUCGCGAAGAUGCUCAAAGAACUGGCACAAGAAAGCAGAUUUUGGAAAUUGGGAUAUUGUAUGGAGCUGUUGAAAGAGUUCGUCGAGCUAGAAGAGAGCAUGGAUAAUUGCACAGCGUCGGAGAAAAUUGUGCGUCGGCGACAACUGAUUGUCGAUCUCGUUUCGGUUGAGAAUAUUUACGGAGUCGAUUCAUUCGCGGAAGCUAAUGUUCAAAUUGGAAAAUGGUUCUUCUUCAGUUUACUAGGCUUCAAACAAUGA